AUGAAGCCGUUGAGUAGUUUUGUUCGGUAUAUCAAACCGCCUCAGGCUACUCACGAGCCGAUCCCAGACGUCACGCCAUACAUCACAAAAGACUUAGCGACGCGGAUCAUGCUGAUCUAUCAUAUAUGUAACCCGUCUUUACAGCGCCCUUCCGAAGAAAGUUGUUUGACACAACCAUUUAUUCCCCUCUCCAAUGAUGGUCUAGACAACGAAAAUCGAGAAUUAAUAGUUAAUAAAGACGAUGUGAUUGGCACAUACAAUUCACUUGAAGGAUUACGGUUCUCGAAGAACCAGAGUCGGGCGACGCAAUAUAGAAUAGUCGACAAGCUUGGGCAUGGCACUUUUGGGCAGGUCUUUCAAUGUGUCGAAUUAUCCACAAAGCGGACUUUUGCGUUGAAAAUAUUGAAAAACAAGAAGGCGUAUUUCAGACAGGGAUUACUUGAGAUAUCGACGUUGACAAUUCUCAAUUCCAUAUAUGACAAAGACGCAAAGUUCCUUGUGAAGAUGACCGACCACUUCUUAUAUUCCGGGCAUUUGUGUAUAGUUCAAGAGUUACUUGGUCCAAAUUUGUAUCAAGUUAUCAAAGAAGCGCGUGUACGUGGGAUGAAUGUCGAUACCAUCCGUAACAUCACACGACAGAUUUUAGAAGGGGUGUCUUUGAUGACCGAAGCUGGGAUUGUUCAUUGUGAUUUAAAGCCGGAAAAUGUGUUAAUAGGACAGAAUGGGGCGAAGGUGAUUGACUUAGGGAGUGCGUGUUUUCAGAACUAUACCUUAUAUUCGUAUAUUCAGUCCCGGCAUUAUCGGGCGCCAGAAAUAGCUUUGGGUAUGAAAUAUUCGUGUUCGAUAGAUAUGUGGAGUGUCGGGUGUAUAGUUGCUGAAAUGUUCUUAGGUAUCCCGCUCUUCCCAGCAAACUCCGAGUAUGAUUUGUUACUCCGUUUUGUUCAAACGCUUGGGAUGAUUCCCAUUAGUAUGUUAACUAAUGGCCCUAAAGCCAAAAAGUACUUCAAACAACUCAUAACCGCCAACGGCAGUGGAAAUUAUCGAAUGAAAGAGCAGUUUGAGUUUGAAUGGGAGAAUGCGUGUAAGUUACCUGGGCACAAAGAUUACUUGCCCGUCAAAAGUCUCCACGACAUCAUUUUCAAAUGUCAACUCCGUGUCGAUGGCCCGAUGUCGACGCAAACCAAAGACGCUUUAUUCGACUUUUUAAAGGGGUGUUUUGUAUAUGAACCGCAGAAUCGGUACACACCAAAACAAGCUUUGACGCAUCCUUUUGUCACUGGGACUUCCAUGAAGAAUUAUGUGCUUCCACCGAGGGAUUACAAAUACUUUGUUUUUGGUCAUGUAGUUACUGCAGAGCCCUUAGAGAUGAUAGCAGACACAUAUAAAGAUGAUGAAGUCGCUGACUUAGACUUAUCGCGGUCACAGUAUUAUGCUGUUUUUAUGACGUUAUUAAAGUGUGGACAUAUCCCAAACAUCACUAUAGAUGGGAUCUUUACUUAUGGAAGUAUUACUCCGCCUCAACUCGCCUUUGGAUUCAAAAAAGGGAUGUUUGAAGAAGAUGAAGAAGAUGACAAAAAUGAGAAGACUAAGAAGACCCGGGUGUUACGUUUGAGUGGAACAAAUGUAGUUCCAAAACCUCAAACUAAUAAAACAUUUGUUGAGGAACUCGACCAAAUUAAAGAGAAGUCCAAGUCCAAAAGAGCAUCCCGUGAAAAUUCGGCAUUCAAAGUGAUUGAGUACAAGCAACACGACUCUCCAGCAAAAGAAGUCCGACAGAACUCGAUGAAUAAUUUGAAUGGAAAUACUCACGAAGAUGGUAAAACACAAAGACUCACACAGUCGACAACUAUGACAAAAGAUGACGUCGUCUUAGUACCUGUCCUAAAGAAAGCAACAAUAACAGAAAAGACAAAAAACACUGUCGUUAUACCCAAAGUGCCCAGUUUCUCAUUAGAAGCCACAGAGGAAACUACCGACCACAGUGACAAGAAGAAGCGUCGAUAUUCAUGGUCUGAAAAAGUAGGAAAUUUCUUUCACAAGAAAGAGAAGACGGAGAAGGACACGACAAAAACAACAAAGCGGAGGAGUGUCGGGUCUCUUGUUGACGAAAAACGACUCGAAGACAAUGAAAAAAAAGAAACAGACGUCAAAAAAAAAGACCAGAAAAAAGAAGAGAAGAAAAAGAAAAGGCAGAGUACACCAAGUCUUAAAAAAGAUAAGACGCAUGAAAGGUGA